AUUGAUUUUAGCACUUGUUACUGGCGUCUUGAUUGGUCAAAGGUGACAAUAUUCAGAUAAAACGCUUGUUUGGAUUGGUUAUCAUUACUUCAUGUUAGCGCAUUAUUGAAAUCGCAAACGUAAAAACGCUUGUAUAAAAGAGAGUUUUUAUUUCAUAAUUCGGCGGAUCAAAAACAAAUAGUUUGCAGUACUUGGAUAUAUAUCCAUUUUAGCUAAGAGAUGUUAAAGACUUACGUAACUUCAGUGGUUUUGGUUAUAGCUCUGGGAUUGACAACAAUCACCUCUGCUAGAUACUUACAGGAUACAGACGACAGAGAUAAAAGACAAAUUGGAGAUUUGCGGACUGCUGAAUACCUAGCACGUAUUACUCUUGAUAAAAACAAAAUGCUGCGUUAUCUUCAAUUGCCAUCACAUUGUGCUGACAUUGCUUGCGGGCUAGUAGACGUUUUUGAAAGAAUGGUGAAGCGGACAAUGUCAGACCAGAGGCUCGCAGAACUUCAGGCUCUAAUAGCGCUCAGUAGAGGCCAAGGGAUUCCAGUAGGUCACGGGCAAAUUGAUCCUUGGGUAAUUGGUAAACGUAGGAAACGAUCUCUGGACUCUGUUCUGAAUGGCCUAAAUGAUGAACAAAAAUACCGAUUCUCAAAACUUUUACUUUCUUCCACAAGAGAAGAUGACCAGUUCUUAUAACAAUGGGAUCUUAAAGGUUCAGCGGUGUUAAUCUCCGUCCUGUCAUUUCUUGUAUUUACAGUUUCUGAAAACAUUUUACUACGUUUAAAAAAAUAGGGCACCUAGCUUUAUCUUGUAAAUUGGAACUCGUUAAAAUCUAUGGCAAAAUGCGAAGCAACAUAUGAUUAGAAAGGACCAGACUGACAAAAAUAUCACAAAAUUUGGACAAGAGCAGAAACAACGAGACUAUUCACCAAACUGUGACUUCUGAAGAGCAGACACCAGCAAAAGAUCUGUAUUUCUAGUGACAUUUAAAAAAUAAUUCUGGAUUUUUCUCUUUUUAUGCAAAUUAUGAUAACUUUUUAGGCAUGAUAACGUAAAAACUCAUAUGUUUAGUAUUUGGCAUAGUUGUUUUUCUUUUAAAGCAAUGAUAAACCAAUGGUUUGAAAGCAGUUAGAUAAAGCUGAUCACAAAUUCAAAUUUAAGUUAUAUCAAAUAUACGUGUAAGUACAUUUCUGAGGAACAUUUCUAUACAAACAGGUAAAAGAACUGUUGGCGAUUCUAUACGGAAAAUGUUCACCAAACAAACAUGAUGUCUUGUUGACAAGAAUCAUUUAGAGCCUCGACUCGAGCUACUACGCUUACCAUUUGCUAUAACUUUCCGUGAAAGAGCAAAUUUAUAGUCAAUUUCUGACUGUUGAUGUACAUUUCAUUUCGUCGUAUUAUUUAAUUACUUGUAUAACAUUUCGUCUAAAUUUAUUUAUUAUUAUUGCUAUAUUUCUGCAUUGUGGAUCGGUAGUGAAAUAAAAGAGAGAGUAAAAUAAACUAAUAAAAAACUU